UACGUGAAUCAAGAAGUUGUAUUAUUUUAUCUUGUGUAAUAUUAUUUACACCAUUGAUGUUAUGUUUAUUGAUUGUUUUUAAAUUAAUUGUAAUAAUGUGUUAAGUUAACGUUUAUUAUUCACUCAAAAAUAUUUUUUGUGUAAUAUUACGCCAUACGAAGAGCUUUAUCUUCAGUUUCGAGGAUAAUAAAUAUUUUGUUCCUAUUACCCCAGCAAAUCGUACGACACAAGAAUGGAUGAAAAAAGAGUUGCUGAGUAUUUUGUUGUGGCUGGUCUUCCAGAAACGCCGGAAUCUCUUGAAGAUACAGAUUCUGGGCAUCUGAAAGGAUACAAUACAGUAGCUCCCAUAACUGACAUAGGUGUAGUGUUCCCUGGCCUCGACGAGAAGGUGCCCAAUGGCUACGAGAUGAUACAGCUGACACCUACAGGUCUUCCAGCCGACCUGAACCAUGGCUCCAUGCGCUCUGCAGAAUGUUUCAUCUGCAUACGAAGAGGGAGAGACAAGCCACCGCUUGUGGAUAUUGGUGUCAUGUACGACGGCAAGGAGCGCCUCAUGGCGGACGCGGAGAUGGUUCUCAGUUCCGUGGGCGGUCGGUUGGCGAACGUGAACAACUCGACCGCGAAGACCUUCAUCACGUACCGGCGGGCGCACCCCUCGGCGCCCUGCAACGCUCUGGUCGUGGUGGACAUCUGCGUGAUCGUGGCCAACCGCGGGGAGACGGCGCCGCAUGCCUUCUGUAUGAUCCACAAGAACCUCAAUAAAGGUUUGAUGGGCAGUAACGUGUUUCUGUGUUACAAAAAGUCUAUGAACCGGCCGCCGUUAAUUGCUUACAAGCCGGAAGUUCUGUUCAGGUACCCUUCAGUAGACCGCCGCAGUCUUGUGUUUCCAAUAUCGGUGCCGCUAUUCUGUCUGCCUAUGGGAUCUACGCUGGAGCUGUGGCCCAACACAGCGUCUGCGCCGAAACCGGUCUUCUCCACUUUUGUACUCACAGUUGCUGAUGCUACUGAUAAGGUGUACGGCUCAGCGGUGACUUUCUACGAGAAAUAUCCUCACACCUCACUAACGGAGCAACAGCAAGAGGCCCUCGGAUGGCGGCCAGGCAUCACCCACACCACCCAUUCGUUUAACGUUAACAAAUCCAUCUGUCUCCUAUCACGGUGGCCCUUCAGCGAUACCUUCGAGCGGUGGCUCACUUAUAUAUUGGAAAUGUCAUGGAGUAAAGAACCACUGAGUAUACCCGUUGAGAGGUAUAUUACGCAUUUGUUAGAGGAGGUGCCAUUUCCUGAGCCACGGAUAUUACUGCAGCUAUCACCCACGAACCCUCAAGACCGGGUUAUAGUGACGCGACGAGACGACCAGCCCCUAGUGCGGAGCGGCGCCGGUUUCCGGCAGUUACUGCUGAACCUGGGACCCGACAACUGUAUACUGCUACUGGCGCUCGCUAUCACCGAACAGAAAAUACUUAUACACUCACUCAGACCAGAUACACUGACGGCUGUUUCGGAAGCGGUGUCGAGUCUACUGUUCCCAUUCAAAUGGCAGUGUCCUUAUAUACCACUGUGUCCAUUAGGCUUAGCGGAAGUUUUACACGCACCUCUCCCUUACCUAAUAGGCGUGGAUUCCAGAUUUUUCGAUCUGUACGAACCACCGCCAGACGUCACCUGCGUAGACCUAGACACAAAUAAUAUUACAAUUUGUGAAUCUCAAAGCCAUAUAUCGAUAAAGUUACUACCGAAACGGCAAGUGAAAUUGCUUAAACAAACGCUUGAACAACUUCACAACAACAUAGGACCAGCAUCACCGGCACAUUAUUCGAAUAGCAGUAAAUACAAUGGAGAACCAACCACGAGCCUGGAUAGGGACUUCCAGAAACGGAAAAAGGAGCAAGCGUUGGAGCUAAAGAUUCAGGAUGCUUUUCUUCGAUUUAUGGCGUUAACGUUGCACGGAUACCGCUCUUUUCUCAUUCCCAUCACUAAAGCACCCACAGUGGGAACUACGGAUCCGCAGGCGUUAUUCCACAUGGAUGCCUUCAUUAAAUCUAGGGAUAAGACGCAGCAACGGUUCUUCUCGCUGAUGAUGCGUACUCAAAUGUUCACACGCUUCAUCGAGGAGCGGUCGUUCGUGGUGGACGGCGCAGACCAGGGGCUCACUUUCUUCGACGAGUGCAUCGAGCGCGUACUCCGCGACGAGCCGCUACUUGAUAUAGACACCUCCAACACAUCUGAGCGGACCGUGUUCGUUCUGCCACCGGACCCGCCCGACCCAGAAGAGCAGUACACAUACGAGAAGUUCGUGUUGGACGAGAGUUUGAUCGCUCGCUGCAAGCAGUGGUCGCGCGGCGGCGUGCAAGCGUUGCCGAGUGCGGCUCUGGCGUCCGCUGAGUCGCUCGCUGAUGCGUCGCCGAUGGCUCGCCGGACCAAACACGAGAUAGCUGCCGCGCAGAGAUUAGCCCGGAAAGCGAGCCUGUCUCCUGAAGCGUGGGCCAAAUGUCUUCUCGGCGCUUGUUACUCACUUUACUUCUUGGCUCUGCCGUGCCGACUCAUGCUGUUUCGGGGAAAGGAACACGCGACCCUCCGCGCUGCCUACGAGCUCCUGGAACGAGCCACUAAGCUCAGGGUGCCAUGCGAUGAGGUGUGCUACCGCGUGAUGAUGCAGCUGUGUGGCAUCCACUCCCUGCCGGUGCUGGCAGUACAACUGCUGUUCCUCAUGAAGGGGGCGGGCUUGCAGCCCAAUGCGCUCACAUACGGGUACUACAACCGCUGCGUCCUCGAAGCAGCCUGGCCUAAAGACAUGCCAAGCGGAUCUCAACUGUUGUGGAACAAGCUGCGUAUAGUGGUGACGGGUACGGCGUUGUUCCGAGCAGCGGGAGCGCAGAGGGCGAGUCGGAACGCGGGGAACCUCACUGCCUCCAGUGGCGGCACGUUGCCUCGCGUGCGUUCGCUGGCGGGCGAGGGUUCGGAUUUGUCUGCGCUCGCACUUGCAGAACCGAUGCGAAGCCGAUCUAGUCUAGACUCAGUGUACCGCGAGGCGGAGACGUGCUCGGCGUCGGCGAGUGUGUUCGAGGCGCUGUGCCGGCGCGGCCAGCUAGUGCGGCGCACGUCGUCCACACAUGCGCGGGCACACACGCUGUCGCACCACGCCGGCCUGCUCAUAUCCGGUGUGCCGUCAGAUCCUGAUUUAAGCGAAAGUACACGACCCAGAAGUAAUUCAUUAUCCAACGAGGAACCUGAAAAGACUGCCCCUAUGGAAAAAAUUCAACCUAUUCAUGUAAGUCCAGAGAGCCCGCCCGACAUGAGGAUAUUAAAGCGAUCCGAGAGUUUUGCGGGUGACGCACAAAUUGUGCAAAACUUACAACGACUUUCAUUCGGUAACACAGCGUCAAAAUACCGCUGUUCGAGAACGCUUAGUUUCCCAGAGGAAGUGGAGUACACUCAGAAUGGUGAAAGGGAGCCAGCUGGCACGCAAUUGAAAAAUAAUAUAUCGACACCGCUCAAGUUAUCGCCUCGCACGCCGGUCCUGGCGGACGAUCCCCUGGGUGCCCUGAAGCUAGCGGACGAGCCCGAGCUGGUGCCCCAACCUGAAGAGCCUCCUCCUCCCAAACACGAGCUCAGUGUCAGUCCCAAGCUGUUCCACCGCCGCAGCAAUUCCUUCGACAGCGAACCGCACGAGACAACUGGGAAACUACAUAGAAGUGAGACAGCGCCCGCAACCGUGUCCUCGAGUCUGGCGACACUGGGCAACACGUUGAAGAUUAGCUUUGGACGCUAUUCGCCCAGCAGACUGUCUUUGCGUAGAGAGAACAUGAACAUUGGCAAGGCGAUGCUCGAGAAUUACUUUAGUCCAACAAGUAUAGCGGGUAAGAAAUCCAACGAGCUCCUACAAAGCGGACUGAGCAGUCUGAAGUCGGCCGCCACCAGUGUCGCCAAGAAGAUUGACGAAAUGAAGGAGGUGAUAUCAGCGAACACCACCCCGGUGAAGAUGAAGGGUGCGGUGGGGAGUGCGACUAGCGCCAUCGCCAGCUACUACAUCUCUGAGAACACAUCGGACACUUCGGAAGUUAACAAUGAAGAGGGCGGCAGUACGGGCGUGAGACGUUCUUCGAGCGACGCGGAGCUCACGUGCGCCAUGGAGCGAGGCUCGCUGGCCACGCUGCUGUCACACCUGCCUGAGAACCUCUAUCCACACCAGAACGAGGCGAGGAGCGGAGAGAAGGUGAGUGUGCGUGUCCUGAUGUCGUCGUGCUCGCAGUGCCCUCAGUGCCAGGCCUGGCUCUACGACGAGGAUAUCAUGGCGGGUUGGGCGGCCGACGACUCCAAUCUCAACACGCGGUGCACCGCCUGCGGCCGACACACCGUGCCGCUGCUCUCGCUGCAGAUAACGCGAACGGGUCAGUCGCAGCCGGAGCCAGUGAGUGUGCCGUAUCUGAAUCCAUUGGUGCUGCGGAAAGAAUUCGAAUCUAUUUUAAGUAGAGAAGGCGAUUCGUGUCUAGCGGAGUCCGAGUUCGUAGCAUCGCACCCGAUCGUAUACUGGAACCUGGUGUGGUUCCUCGGGCGUGCCAACAUCGACAACCACCUGCCAGAUCUGCUCUGCCCCAACUACUCCUCGAGAUAUACCAGCUCCGAUGCGCUAUCAGACGCGGAUACUGUCGGAGUGUGUCGUGUUCAGUACAUGUGGGACGGCAUAGGAGAUUGCAACGGCGGCGCCCUCUACCGCUCGUGGCUGGAGCGACGGCAUAGCAAGCGCUCGCGGCAGCUGAGUGCCUUGCUCCUGAACGAGGACUCGCCGCAACAACACUCUGUGAUACUUUCAAUACAAGAGGGCUUGGUGAACAAUAAUCUCUCGGACGCUAUUCGGAGGUUAGCUUCGUGGCGGGAGUCAACUACGACAAAUAAGAGAUAUCCAUCACUGUACAGAGACAUAUUGUUCCUCGCUAUGACGAUGUUCGCCGAGCACAUCAACUUGUCGGCGAUCCACCGCGAGUACUCGCGCGCCGUCGAACAGUUCGGCAGCGAGAUCCGGCCCCAGGACCAGCCACCGUCGCCCACCGCCGUGUGUUGCCGCCACUACUUCAAACGUCUCUCGCUCAACGUGGACCAGAAGCUCUAGCCAGCCCUCACUCAACUAACACGUCACAGCGUGGUAGCCAACUCAUUCUACAACUAAUAUUCUGAUACCACUACCAUCGUCACAACAACCUAAGUGGUUUUGACGAUGGUAGCCUUUCCGUUCCGGGAAACUCUGAUCGCGCGUUAUGCCUCACAUCGGCGUGAUUUUCGUCCUCGCGCAGCGUUCUGUCAAUGCGUAUUAUAUUACAUGUAAUAAUAAUGUGAAAGCUAUUAAAACAAACUAAAAGACCAUGCAAAAUAAACCAUCUUAUAAACAAGAUAAGGAUCAGAUCUUGGUGAGGGAAUAGUGUGCCGUACGGCACUUUCGGUUUUGGUGUAUCUGAAAAGUCUAGUGUCCUGAGGCACUGCCGGUUUCGGAAGGAAAGUGUCAGGCGAAAUAACUGGUCUAGCGCCAGUAGGAUAUUACCGUACAACAUACAAUACUUUAUGGUUCUGAAAAAGAACAAUUUUUUUACGCGGUGGUCAUUUUGCAAUUGAACGUCUGGGUUUUUUUAUUUCUUAUUUUACCAUAGUAGAAUGGUGGAGAUGGGAUUGUUAUAUAGUAUAUUUUGUAUUUUACUUAAGCGAAUGAAUGUUCUACUUCGCUUUCGUGGGCAAUCGACAAUUUGUCGCACGAGUUGCACAUACAAUUUUGUAUUACAAAUGCGACGAUUUAUGUAUUAAAUUUUCCACCUCCAUAUUAGUUUUUAAACUUUUGUAACUUAAAUUAUAAUUUGAGUAUCGAAAUUUGAGUGUGCCAAAUAUAAUUUGCGUGACAAAUAAAUUUUUCGCACUCAAUGCACGCACGUAAUUUUAAAAUGGGCAAACGGCUCUUUUUCAACCGCAAUAGCGAGCGCCAAGAAACUACUUUUUCCGCAGGAGUAAAAUAAAUAUUUAUUUUAGUACAACACUAUUUAAUUCCGUAGCAUCCGAUACUCGCUCCCGGCCGUCGACUAUGUAAUGACUGUAUAAUAAUAGUCAUGUACACUUGUGUCUUACUUCGCUAUAUGCCCAAAAUAAAAUAAUGUUAUGUCAAAAAGUGACAGCUUUUGUCAUUUCUCAUAUUUUGAAGUUACGAUAUCGCGUACUGUUGUUUCAUGAUCAAAGAGAAGUGAUAAUUUGGGAUAUUAAAUACGGAAGUGAUCUAUUCUUCUGUAGGAGAGCGACAAAAACACGAAGUACUUAAAAGGUCGAUGUGAAACUUCCUGUUUCUAUUAGCAGCGGCUCCUAAAAUACAAUUUUAUCUUGACUUGUGUUUCAAUAUACCAUGAGCCCUCUAACCAUUAGGUGAUCUAUCAGCUGAUUAACUCCUUUUUUUGGGAUUUGUUCAAAAGAUACGAGACGGAUUUAUGUGCAAACAUCCUAAAAAUGUUUCUUUCAAAAAUUCAGACAUUUGUCAUAUUCAAUAAUAUGGCUAAGAUUAUAAAUCAGUAAGUAUUACAUUGAACAGCUGAACUGGAUUGGCUGAUUGAAAUACGUGCCAUCGGAGUCCAGAACUAUUAUUAGAAGCGUUAAUAUCGCUUUGAAUGAUCGCGCGUCUGUGAAACUGUCACAAUUAGGUUAAAUCUCGCUAACACAGAAAUAAUAGAUUAGGUACCUACAUAUAUAGGUACAUGGUUUGUCACACCAUUACCAACAUGACUUAUAACGUGUCAACUUCAACCCGUAAUCAGCCGUCACAUAAAACUUUGAGCUUAAAUAAUAAUUAACGAUAUUUGUGUAGGUAAGUAUAUAAAUUCAAAGAACAAGUGUACCAUUGUGUGUUUGGUAACUAAGAGAUAUAUUAAAUUUGUGUUGCGAGUGCCGUCCAUUGCCUCAUCCAUUUGAUUUAGUCAUUGCGUCCUGUCAAGGGAGCAAAGUAAUCCUUAGGGAUCUGAUUUGGGAAUGUUACAUCACACGAUGGUAUGAUUGCAAUACUGAACGAUGGCCUACUUGCUGUGCCCCAAUAUUAUAUUAUGGUCUAAAAUACAGAUCUUGUAAAAAAAUCUUAUGUAUAUUAUAUCUGUUCUAAUUUAAGUGUUUUAAUUUUAAAUUAUAAACUACAGUAGCCAUUUUACGGUACUUGUUAUAAAAAAAAAAUCUUUUUACUAUGUAUUAUUUAUGAGCUUAGAGUGUCGAGUUAUCAAGAGAUAUGUUCACUUUAGCAGGAAUCAUGAAAAUUUGGCUCAUGAGUUUGUGGUGUGUGUGAAGUUGUUCAUUUGACAACGUUAUUUUUUCUGUGUCAUCUCACUGUAAUAUGACACUUGUUUGUGCUUUUAAAGUAAUUUAUGAAAUCAAAGUUUUUUGGUAAAAUACAAUAAAAUAUUCUCACAAUAAUGAUGACACCUGUAACUUUUUACUUUUAUGCAUUAUCUCCAUACACAAUGCUUUGCAUAUCUCCUUUUUGUUAAAUACUCUAGGUUCUUAGGAUUAUUUGGUUCUUAAUCAACAAUCCUUAACAGUAAUAAUUAUUGUAUGAAUUAGUAUGAGCAUAUCGAGAAUGGGUUAGGUUGAUAAUAUAAUCGCUAAAUCGGGUGCUAAGAGAAGUGACUUGGAUUGAAUCGAAAUAUAUGUAUAAAUGUUACUUGUGUAAUUAGAAUUUACUAACUGUAAAUUAUUAUUUAUUCUAAUUAACUCAUUCAAGUGAUUCAUACAUCACUGCAAAUGAUUGUGUAUGUUAUCAUUCCACUCAAUGUAUGUUUUGUAAUGAUUAAAAGUUAGGAUACAACGUCCGGGUACGGUGCGCCAAAAUUUAAAGUAUUAUAAGUGUCAAUAAGUAACUUUAAUGUAAAAAAUAAUUUUACUGAUGUCAUUUUUAUAUUGCAUGGUCAAUUUUAUUCCAUUUUUUAACCUCAUAAGAUCGUAGAGGCCUAAUAAAAAUAUAUCUUUGUUUUCACUACAGUUCAAUAAAAGCUAUCAAGUAUAUCAAGAAUAGAUAUUUAAAAGGUUUUGGCCUGUUUGUUGCUUGGUAUAAUUUAGUCAACCAAUUUAUUCUAAAGUUCAGAGGAGAAAAAAGCUAAGAGCCAUUCUGUUUCAAGUGCUUAGUAUAUAAAAUAUUUUUGUUUGCAGCUCAACACAACUAUAUCCCUUGCAACACAUAUUCAAGACCAUAUUCUAAUGCAAAUGUCCAUUUAGAAUUACUGCCCCCUCUAGUAGUAUGUUCACAAGGUUAAAUUUUUGUUGCUCAAAAAAAAUAUAAAUUGAAAGAAAUGAUAAAUGUUUGAUGGUUGAAUCUACCAUAUCAUAACACAGGAAAUGUGCAAUAAAAAUAUGUGAUGUUUUACAGUAAGAAAUAAGAGAGAUAUUAUCUCUUUAGUUUGAGGUUUAUCCUUCAUUAAACGCGGAACCAAUAACCAAUCACAAUGCAUAAACAAAUACAUUGAACAUAACAUGUUCAGAUGUGUUGAAUUUCAUUUGACAAGAGAGUUGCAAGUGGCAAAAACUUGAAAAUUGUGAAAGUUUAAUUGAAUUGAUUUUUGUUUUAAUUUCACUGAAAUUGUUUAGACAGUUACAUAAAUCCAACUAAUAAGCAUAUAAAGUGAAACAUGGACAUGUUCAAGUGGGGCUUUAUAAUUGAAAAAUAAUUCUUUUUUUUUUUGUCUUCAAUAUCAAUUUAUGCUAUCCAAUCAUACAUAAUAUCAUAAUUUAGUACAUAUAAUUAAAUUGGUGUCCAACUUGUUUCAUACAAUUAUAUAAAUAAGACAAUUUCGCUUUUGUGCUAAUAAUGUGAUUUUGAUGGCCAUAUUAUGUACAAAGUAUGAUUUGGUUACUAUAUUAAAUGAAAUCAAACAUACAUAUUUUUAUAUUGGCAUAUUUUGAUUGCUUUUGCUAUAUGUUUGAGAUAAUAAAUGCACUUAAGUUUGAAGAACUGCAAUAAUUUUUAUGUAAAUUAAGCAAUGAACUUGAUUGUAUUAAAUUUAGUUUAUUUUAUUUUAAUGUAAUCGACAGGUAUCAUAGCCUAUAAUUUUUUAAUAAAAGACAUAUAUAAAGCUUC